AUGCCGCAGUCAAGGAUUGACAUGGCUAAAGCUUACAACAGAGUUCAGUGGCCCCCUUUCCUCCCCCGCGUUAUUGCCCCAAAUCAAAGUGGAUUCGUGAAGAAACGACUCUUGAACGACAACAUGCUCCUUGCCCAGGAGAUGUUCCACGAGCUACCAAGGUGCGCGCCUGCCCCGAAUGUUGCCCUUAAAUCGACAUGGCAAAAGCAUAUGACCGCGUCCAAUGGCCGUUUCUCCUCAAGGGUCCUACGACGGAUGGGAUUCCCGGAAGCUUGGAUUUCCCUCAUUGAAAGAUGUAUUGGCACUUGCUGGUUUUCGGUACUUAUCAUUGGCGCCCCCUCGGGUUUCUUCAAGUCUACCCGAUGCCUCCGACAGGGCGAUCGCAUUUCACCGGCCCUGUCGUGA